AUGCUUAUUACCAACAGCACUGUGUUUAUGCCCUCUAUGCUGACAUUUGUUGGAAUCCCUGGCCUGGAACCUGUGCAGCGUUGGAUUGGGAUUCCAUUCUGUGCUAUGUACUUCAUUGCUUUGAUUGGAAAUACUCUACUUUUGAUCAUCAUCAAAUCUGAGCAGAGCCUCCAUGAGCCCAUGUACAUCUUCCUGGCCAUGCUAGGAGCCACAGACAUUGCACUCAGCAGCAGCAUCGUGCCCAAGAUGCUUGGGAUUUUUUGGUUUCACUUGCCAGAGAUAUAUUUUGAUGUUUGUCUUUUUCAGAUGUGGCUCAUCCACACAUUCCAGGGUAUUGAAUCAGGAGUCUUGCUGGCCACGGCUCUGGACCGCUAUGUGGCCAUCUGUCAUCCCCUAAGACAUGCUACCACAUUUACUCGCCAAGUAGUCACUCAUAUUGGAGUUGGGAUGACAUUGCGACCUGCCAUUCUAGUAAUCCCAUGCCUAUUGCUUAUAAAGUGUCGUCUGAAACUCUACCGAACCAAGUUUAUAUCUCACACUUACUGUGAACACAUGGCUCUUGUGAAGCUUGCCGCAGAAGAUGUUUACAUCAAUAAAUUUUAUGGUCUCUUUGGUGCUUUUGUUGUUGGUGGGUUUGACUUCAUUUUAAUCACCUUCUCCUAUAUCCAGAUAUUUAUAACUGUCUUCCGUCUGCCAGAAAAAAAAGCUUGUCUUAAGGCAUUUAAUACAUGUAUUCCCCACAUAUGUAUCUUCUUCCAAUUCUAUCUCCUUGCUUUCUUCUCCUUUUUUACUCACAGAUCUGGAACUCAUAUCCCCUCAUAUAUACAUAUCACUUCAUCCAUUCUUUAUCUACUACUUCCACCUUUCCUGAACCCCUUUGUCUAUGGGGUAAAGACCAAGCAGAUUCGAGAUCAGGUAGUAAAAAUAUUUUAUUGCAAAGACCAGGGUUGACAUUUCAUUGAAAUUGUCCCGUUUAUGGGUUUAAGGGCUCAUCUAGGUGUCCUAUGUGAUCUGAAUCUCCUGUCAAUUGUGGAGAGUAGAAAUGUGAUCCUAAUGUAUUAAUGAACAGAUUAAAUGAGUUUUAAAGAAAUUCUAGAGGUAACUGACUUCUGAAAGUAAUUUAAGGAAAACUGUUUUCUGGUCAAUUUCAUUAAAGACAUGUAUAAGACUUACUGUAGAAAGCAUUUUUCUGAAGUUCUUUGCAAUCUUUUCCUGAGUCAUUAAAUAUGAAUUUUUGAGUUAAGAUUUAGAAGUCUAAGAAGACUGGGAAGA